GGGUGGAGCUGGAAAAAGCAGUUCUGUUCGGACCCCAUCCUUUGAUAAGAGAAACAGAGCGAGAGAAAACGGUGAGAAAGUGAAAGUGAAAGAGAGAGAAGAAACAGCGUGCAUCACCGAACGAAAGCCAAAAGAGAUAAUACCAAACCAAACACCACCAUUUUUUUUUUUUUUUUUGCCUUUACCCACCCACUCGCAAUUAGACACAGACCCUCUUUAUCAGAUUACAUACAGAAAAACAGUCGGCAACAGAUUUAUAACCAAAAAAAAAAAAAAAAAAAAAAAUCAAAAACCUCCUUUUUUUCAUAUAUACAUAUAUAUAUUUUUUGGGGUUUUUUCAGCCAUUUAUUUGUUCCUGGUAUCAUUUUCUUUUUUCUUUUUAGUUUUUUUUUUUUUUUUGUCAAAAAAAGAUUUAGUUUCGUUGUCGCCCUUCCGCUUUUACCCUUUGUGUUCCUGUGUUUUCUCUCGGUGUACCCUUCUUUCUCCUUCUUCGUCUUCGGUCUUUCUUCGAUGGCUCGUUCUUCGUUUGUAGCUGGAUCGUUUCUGUUGGUGUAUAUCACCACCGUUUUCUCUUCGGUGCAAUUGGUUUCGUCUUCUUCUGAUACCUGCUCGCAUCAAUCGACUGAUUUUAUUCUUUCUCUUCAAUCUCAGUGCCCCGUUUCGAUCUACCCUAAUCCACCUCUCCAGGUGGAUGGAGAUUUCCUGGACAGCAUUUUGGCAUCUAAACAGAGGGCAGGAGAUAUUUCUGUCCUCUUCUAUGCUUCAUGGUGCCCUUUCUCGCGCAGUGUAUCUCCGACAUUUGAAAAACUCAGCCUUAUGUUUCCUCAAAUACAACACUUGGCAAUUGAGCAAUCUUUAGCAAUGCCAAGUGUAUUUUCAAGAUAUGGAAUCCAUAGCUUGCCUUCAAUAUUAAUGAUUAAUCAAACAUCAAGGGUGCAUUAUCAUGGUCCUAAAGAUCUCCUUUCCCUCGUUCAAUUUUACAAGAAAACUUCUGGAUUGGAACCUAUCCAAUAUUUUGACAAUGAUCAGUCUGUUUUCUCAGAAAGCAGAGAAACAUCCAUAUUCCAAUUAAUAAAUAGUAUGCCACUCAAGGAGAUAUCAAAGAAGGAACCCUAUUUAGUUUUUGCUAUAUUGUUCCUCUUUUUAAGGGUAUUACUAUCCAUAUUCCCAAGGUUGCUAUUUCACCUCAAAGCUUUCUAUGUCUCGUAUGUUCCCCAUUUCAACUCGGGAAUAUUUGGAGAGACAAGCCAGAUAAUGGGACGAGUUUGCCACAUGAUAGACGUGAGGAGGGUUUGGACCAAGCUUAGGCUGUGCAAGACUAGGAACUUCCGCGAAGGUGCAAAGAAUGCCCGGGUUUGGGCGUCUUUGGCUUCUGUGUCUUUGGGUGAAUCUUCCUCAGCUAGAUCAUCAUAAUAACACUUAAACAUAAUUGUCUUGUACAAGUCGAAUUUGAGGGUAGAAAAGAGCUGAAUGAUCAAAUGUUGUAUUAAAAAAAAAACCUGCUAUGAUGCUGCUGAGCAGGUGGUCUCCCUCUCUCCCUCUUCCCCUCUCCCUUUCCCUUACUCUCUCGUAUUCGCAUAUUUCAUAUGAAGUAGUGAUGAUGGCUGAAGCUGUUGUCCUUAGUUUGAGUUGAGUGUUUUGGGAAAAAAAAAAAAAAAAAAAAAGAAAAGAAACAGAAGAACAGCAAACGAGCAUGUAAAUUUGCAAAAACGGCUGACUUUUUGUGUAAAUUAUUUGCCUUUCUGUCUACUUUAAAUUAGUGGAAUGUAAACAUCGUAAACUCUCUCUCUC